CGGCUGACACUGACCACUGGGGCCUACACAAGUCAUGGAGCUCUGAGGAGCUGAUGGGGGCAGCUUCUCCUCUGGCCACCAGGAGACACUUCUCUCUCACCCAUCUGCGAAUGAGCUGGCGUAAGCUCUUUCGUAGGAGAUUCUCUGAGGCCAUCCCUGGCGAGGGAGACGGGGAGGCGCCUGAGCCUGCUUUCAAGCCUGGACUGACCAAAAAGAUGCUGCCGUGGACCCUUUCCCGAGAGCAGGCCCACGAGGUGUGCAAGGAAGGUCUCUUAAAAUACGGCAUGGUAGAUGAUGCCACCAUGGACAGUGGGACGCGCUGGCAGCGGUGCCGGCUGGUUCUACGGAAGGCAGGAACAUCAGACAGUGAUGAGUACAUCUUGGAGCUGUUUGAUCCUCCCAAGUGCUCCAAGCCCAAGCUGCUCACCACCUGCUCUGCUGUCCGAGAAAUCCGGAGAUGCACCUGCCUUGAGAUGCCAGACAACAUGAACACUUUUGUACUCAAGGUGAAUAACUGCACCGAUGUUGUAUUCGAGGCCAGGGAUGAGCAGCAGCUGAGUUCCUGGACAGCGGCAAUCAAAGAAUGCCUGACCCGAGGGUCAGAGGGAGGUGACGCAGAGCUACUCGCGGGCCAGCUCUCUGACAUCACCGCCUCGAGCCCCUCCAAUGGCAGCACCGACUUCCUUCCCCAAGGUGGGUGUCCUGCGUGGGAGAGUGGGGACACUCACAGGUCCUGGGGCUUCCUUGUCUUCAGGGCAGUGGUGUGGGACACCCGUGGCAAGGAGGAAGCUGCCUUAGUAGUUGCACUUUGCCCCUACGGUGCCCUCCCCCACCUGCGGCUCUCGCUGACCGAGCGGGGGCAGUGUCGUGUGCAGCACCUGCGCUUCUCCUCCAUCGUGGACAUGCUGCACCACUUCCAACAGUACCCCAUCCCCCUGGAGUGCGGCGCUGCCUGCGACGUCAAGCUCGCCAGCUACGUGGUAGUCAUCCCGCCCACCCAAGGUCCUGGCUCAGGCAACACCAUCUUGCUCCCGUUCUCAGUCUCAAAUUGGAGCUCUGAACUUAGCCUUACCCACAUCGGUCCCUCCAGCUGCCCCCGGCUACACAUGGCAGACGACAUUCAUCCCAGUUCUCAGCCGGAGCAGAUCUUCCACCUGGUGCCCUCUCCAGAAGAACUGGCUCACAGUCUUCAACACAACGAUGUAGCCACCAUGCACACCAGUCGGCAGCGGGACUCGGGCCAUGUGCGAGCUAUUGACAAUCAGUAUACGCCGCUCUGA